AUGCCAGUAACCCGCUCAAAAUCGGUGGGCAACACCAGCGCCCUGACCUCUACGCUGGGCAUUGUUCACCUCCUGGAAGCCCUUUUCACCUGUGUGGCCUUCAGCUUAGUGGCCAACCGGGCCGCCUGGGAUGGCCGCAAUGGGGACUGGUGCAUCUUCUCCUGGUGCUUCUGCUUUGCCAUCACCAUUGUCAUCUUGGUGGUCGAGUUUGCUGGCCUUCAGCAUCGCAUGCCGGUCUCUUGGAAGAACUUCCCUAUCACUUUCGCCAUGUAUGCUACCCUGAUGUCUGCUUCCAUCAUCUACCCGAUGUUCUUCGUUCGGCCUCAGAAUUUUUCUCAUGACGAACGGGGAUACCGCAUUUCUGCCACUGUGUUUUCUUGCCUAGCCUGUCUAGCUUACCUCACUGAGGUCAGCAUAACCAAAGCUAAGCCAGGAGAAGUGACUGGCUACAUGGCGACAGUCCCGGGAUUGCUGAAGGUGGUGGAGACUUUCAUUGCCUGCAUCAUCUUUGUCUUCAUAAGUGAUCCACCUCUUUAUGACCGCCCAGAAGCUCUUAAGUGGUGCAUGGCGGUCUAUUGCAUCUGUUUCAUCCUAUCCCUUGUGGUGAUUAUCCUCUGCAUUGGCGAAUGCACUGGCUGGUUGCCAUGUCCAUUCAACAAAUUCCUCAGCGGCUACACUUUAUUGGCUGUGCUCAUGUAUGCCACCGCCAAAAUUAUUUGGCCUGUGUACAAGUUUGACAGAAAACAUGGGGGACAGCCAUCUCGACCCUCAUACUGUGGAGGUCGCAACGUCUGUGACUGGGACAGGAAUCUUACCAUAGCUGUUCUAACCGCUGUCAAUCUGCUGACGUACCUUGGUGACCUGGUGUAUUCUGCACGGCUGAUAUUCAUCCAGGGGUAG